GGACUUGUCUUUUAGCCAGGUAAAGGUAAACUCUGGUACUGUCAACUCUCUGGCAUUACGCGUUAAAGUUUUAUGUGUGUAAAAUAAUUGUGUGUGUAUAUUUUAAGUGUAAAUGUUGAUGUGAAUUGUUAUACUGGUACAGACUACUAUUAUAUACAGCUUGCUGUUUUAUUUCAUGCGGUCACAUGCAACAGAUAUAUUAUUUAAUUUAAGAGAAUAAAUUAAUUUUACGACUUUUUUUUUAAAUUAAAAUAAAAUAGUAAACUAGUGAGUAGCUAUUGGAGACGUAGUGGGGAGUUUUAUAAAAGUAAGAAAUAAUGGACAAGAGGAUUGGAGGAUGUGAAUAAGGCUCCGUGCGAUGCCUUUAAAUAUAUAUAAUAAUAAUAAGCUUUUUACCUGUACCUUCACCUUCACGCUGUGGGCUGUUAACAAUGUCUUGGUUAAUGACGACAUGAAAAUCAAUUAUCCAUGAUUACUCAUCAAAAAUCAAGAAUUUAUAAGUAAUUAUCCCAAUAUAUAUUUCUGAUAAAGAAAAAUUCAUCAAAAAGAUUAGAUUAUCCAUCCAAAAAAAAAAAAAAAAGAAUAUUUUUUCCAACGAAUGAAAGUAAUUAAAGAAAAAAAAUCACUUAAAAAUAAAAAUGACUCAAUGGAUAUCGAGAAUAGUAUUGAAAAAUUAAAGGUAAAAUCGCGCAUACCCGAUUUUACAGGACUAACAAUUCCAAAAUCUUUAAAAUAUUCUUCACAAUCUCCUUCAAGCUCUCAAUCUUCAUCUAAAGAUGUCAGCUUGUCGAGAGAUAGCGAAGCAUUAAAUAAAUCUUCACCUAAAUUCCGCGACAUUAGUAAAAAAUCAAGCAUCCCAGUCCUAAGACGAAGUGAAGUUCGUGAGUAUGAAGACAUUAAUCCGCGAAACGAAGCCCGAAGAUCUAACAUACCUCUUCAACGAAGCACCCGUGGAAGUGCUGAUGACUUGAGACCACCCUCAACUCCCACGCGAAUAUUCAGCAAUAAUAACAGCAAUAUUAUCAACAAUAAUUACCAGCUGGAGAAAGAAAGCUCGCCGAGUUUGAUUCCUAAGUUAUUGCUGCUGCAAAAAAACAAACGAGCUAAAUUCAAUAUUGAAAAAGUUAACAUGGAUGUUGAAGAUUUUGCUUCUAGUGAGGAUAAAAAUAAAUUGGAUGUUGUUGUUAGUGAAGAGAAAGACCAAGAAGAGGAAGAAGAAGGGAGUAAAGAUGUUAAGACUAUUGUAGAAGAUGAUAAGGAUGACGAGGAGUCAGCUGGUAGAAUAUUGUCCAGCCACUUGUCUCCAGAAGCUAGUCCUCUUAGCACCAGAUCGUCUUCCAGGUACAGUCCUAGAGAAAGUGAGAGCGAACCUACUCCGGGGCUUCCGAGGAAAAUUGUCGCCGAGAGGAGCGAGUCGUUGAGUUCUCAGAGGAUACGCGAUGCUAUUUCGAGGACCAGGAGGGAGUCUAAUAGCAGUGCUAGGUAUGAAAGCUCCGGGAGUGAUAGCAUCAGGUUAAGCGAGUCAGGAUUAUACGACUAUGUUGACCCAGCAAAAAAAUCAAGAUUAGACCCUCGAGACAUCGUCGUUGAGAACGAUGAAAGAGAUAGAGUUCGUGACAGCGAAGCCACAAGCGCUGGAGAAGAUGAUCCACCGAGGGUCAGCGACACGCGCUCGGAUUCCACUGUUAAGUUUGGUAAUGUCUCUUCGCAGGGGCGAACUAUACUACGAAGGCGCAGACAGUUUGAUUCACAAGGUUCAAGAAGAAGAGGAAGAUCAUACGCAAGGUCAUACAGUACAGAAGACAUAUCAUUCCAAAUAGCGCGUCAAAGUCUCCUUCGUAGUGGAUCCGGGGAUUCCCCGAGGAUUCCCGACUAUCGGCGGCUGGUUUUCAUCAGCUCGGACUCGUCGUCCGGGCGAGAUGAAGAGGAUGACGCUGACAGCAGCUGUUCCGGGUCAUCUUACUUGACUGGUGGGAUCCCACCUGGAACAGCGAGGAACGCCAGCAGUCACAGUCAGAGUCUCGAGGACUGUGACUGGGAUUAUUUUGAGAGCAAUAGCUUGCCUUCUUUGCCGUCUGCGUUGUGCAGUGAUGCUUCGGGUCAUCCGAUUAAUGAUAUUAAGGAUGCUAAUGUUUGGGAUUGUUGUCUUGGUCGGCGACGUGGAUCUACUUCUUGUCAGGCUUGUGGAGGUACGAACAGAAAUGUUCUACCAGUUCCGGUUCCAAUCCCAGUUCCAGUGCCGUACCCAGUUCCAGUUCCCGCGUCUCUGUGGAACAACGGUGACUUCGCAGCAGCGGCAGCCUCUUCAAUGAUAACCGCGAGCAAGUCGGACAACCUAAAGCUAAAAAAUGUCGGACCUUGGUUCUCUUGGCACCCUAAAUUCAUCUCCCAAUCAGAAAUCCACCGAAGUUUCUACUGCGACCCUAAAAUAAUGGACUCUGGCAGCUUCAACACCGCAGACUCUAUUUUUACAUUCCGACCUGACGGUUCUUUAGUUGGCCACUACGAAAGUAUUUACCACGGCGCUCACUUGAAGUUCGACGAACCUACUAACCUCAAAGAUCCUCCAAAGGAAGACACCGAAAAAUCAUCAGUUCAAGCUAAUAAUGAUGACACAAACCUUGAAAUUAAUUGCAAUGGGUCCGAUCAUGAAAUAAGUAACCAAGUGCCAUUAGAUGAUAAUAAUUCUCCUUCAAUUCCAGAUAACAACAAUGAAGAUGAUGAUGAAGAUGACGAAGAAAAUUCAAGCUCUUGUGCAGACAGCAGUGAUUUUGAUGAUGAAGAAAAAUCUCACCGUUUUUCUCGAGUAUUUGUUGUCAAUAAUGAUGAUGAUGAAGAUGAUGAUAACAAUGAAGACGAUGAAAAUGAAGAAGAAGAUAGUUUAUUGCCAAGUUAUCACGAAACAGCUGAUCAAAAUGGCGUAAUUCUCAAAACCAUCAAUCCUAACCUCGAGAACACUUCAGUGGCGCCACCAUCAGUUUCUAAAAAUAUUAGCAAUGACAUCAGCUACUCAGCUGACUCAGCGGAUAAUUUGGACACGAUAACCUUAAAAUCAAUCCGGAAAAUAAACCCUGAAAUUUUGACAGCUGACUCAAAAAGUGACAAUGUGAUUAAUAAUAAUAAUGACAACAAUGUGAUUAGUGACUCAACAGUGCCAGAUUCAUUAGAAGUGUGGAAAAGUGAUAAAAGUGCCUUAGAAAAAAAUGCAAAAGAAUCGGUGUCAUAUAAAAAAAAUAAAAGGAUUGUGAGUGAUGAUACAUUAAGCGAAUCAAUGUUGGAGCGGCAGGUGAAGGCAGUGAGUGAAGUGAGUGAGUUACUGGUGGGAGAAAAUGAGGUGGAUGGAAGUGAAACUACAGGUGGGGAGCCAGUGUGCCGGGGAACGCCACUGGAGUCAGUCGAGCUUGGCUUUCCCUCUAAAUUAAAAAAUUAUGACAAUAAAUAUUUGCAAUCGUUGUCAAACAACAAGUACAAGAGUCUUGUGAUGAUUACAUCUAACGCGUACCAACCAGUGAGUGUUAUAACCUCUGAUACGACGACUUUGCUCCAGCCAGAUGACAGUAGUAAGACGCAAUGUGAACCUCAACAACAGUCGUCAGGGCUGGCCGGGUACUACCAUCUGGCGCUGGAGGCGUUGGAAACACCUCAACUAGCAGCCUCGGGACCACGUCGACCGUUAAUGGUAGACGUAAUACUGGAGGAAGGUCUGGCGGACGACGACUCCUGGGUGGAGGAAGUGUCCCACGAUGAGGACGAGCAGAGUACCCCAACUACCAACACAGAGGACAGUUCUGAAGACGAAGCAAACCACUUAUCCGGUGACCGGGAGGAAGAAUUAAGAGGUUACCACCGCCAAGCGAUAGACUUUACCCUUCACACCAUAGUCGAGGAGUCUUGCGAGGAAAGUGAGGCUGAGUUUAGCCUCACCUGGAAAUCUAAGCGCCCGCCAUCUACAUCUGAGUUAGAGAAGUACUUUUUUUUCGGGCUAGGUGGCGUUGAUUCACGUCCUGAUAACCUUGACUCUGAAUUAGAAAACAAUCUAAAUCUCUUUAAUGAUGACCUUAAAUCAACUGAUACUUUAAGUAGAGAGAUUGACAGCUUGUCAGAGACAUCUAGUGUUUACUCAGAAGGUGUAGAGAGCCUUAAGGACCCUGGAAUAAAUUCCGACAGUGCCAAUGACAAUUCUUCCCGGCUUGAAAAGUAUUUUUUGUCGGAAUUUUUGGGCUUUAGAGAAGAUCGUAGGGACUCGGAUGGUUCCGUAGGAAGUGACUCGGAGGGCCGGCCGAGUCCCGAAGCUCAGCGGAGGAAAAGGUUGGUCCGAGCUCGAGGUACUGGCAGGUCUCACAGCUCCUCAUUAGACAAUCUUUUAGCUCUGACUCAAAAUUCAGGCUCGCAAAAUUUAACCUCGCAAAAUUCACUACAAGAUUUGACCAAUCAAGACUCUCCAGACGAGUCUGACGACUCCACCGUCCCUGAUGAAGACGUAGCUGGGUUCGUUGAAGGUGUUGACACGGUAAAGCGCAAGAAGAAGAAGCGCAAUUUAGGAAAUCAUCCUGAAGGAUCCAACAAAAGUCCUGAAUUAGAAGAAGACAAAGAUAUUGAGAGUUUUGCUCAGGUUACUUCUGAGGAAGAAAGGUCCAAGACUCCGCAAGCUGAGGCUCCAGAUGAAGACGACAGGAAGCAGUCUAGGGACUCUGGGUUUGUUGGAAGCUGCGAUGACUUGAUCCAGCCGGAGCCUGUUGAUACUUCUGCGACAGAGUUGAAGAAUUUCAAGGAUAAUGUUAAUGAUAAAAAAGAAUUCGUGGCGAUUCCUAUUAAUCAUUCUUUGUCAAGGAAGGACAGCUUUAAUAACUGGUCCAGCGAUGAGGAGACUAAUCUUAUGAUGUCCAAGAUGCGGCAGUUUUUUAAGACUAUGGUUGCGAACUCGAAUUCUGCAGCAGCGCCAGUGGUUGUCCAGCAGACUCAAGAGCUGCCACGUGGCAAGCGGACCAAGCCGCCGCAGUUGGUUUAUUUUGAGAAUGAAUUGACUCGGUUGAUGAAGACAGUUCCGGGGAUCAGGGAUGAUCAGGUCAGGGAAAUAGUCGAGUACCUAAGCUCAGAAGACACUUGGUCUGACUCUUACGACUCUUCUGACUACACCAGCUCAGACCUCGAAGGCGCAACUAGCCGAUCUACUCUCCAAGAGCAGAUCUCUGCUAGCUGCCAGCAGAUCAUCAGCAAUUUCGACAUGAACUCCGAAACAGCUGACCAGGAGCCUAGUAAGCCAACGAAUAUCAAAGACACUGCGUUCGUUUACCAGAAGUUGGUCCAGAGUUUUACUAAAAUAGCAGGAGAUAGUUCAGACGCAAGUUCAACUCCUUACAGCAGUCCUCCGCUGAUUGCUAAAGUGAUGCACCAUAUAGGCAGCAGAUUAGUGGCACUAAUGCACCAGGUCUCGGAGAACAACUCGCCGUCAAAUUCUUGGAGGCGUUAUCCUCAACACACUAGGACUCCUUCGUCAGCAUCGACGACUGAAGACGAGUCUACGUCGGAGUCUGCGCAGCAGACUCCGACUUUUAGCCACUUGCAGCUCCCCAGGUCAAAGUCACAUGACCCGCUUUUGUUAAUCAACAGCCACCAGGUCACCGGAGCGGAAAGUGAAGAAAGAGAAGAAAAAGAGACGAGUGACUAUGAAAGAUUCUCCUGGAGAGGAAGCUUUGAAUCCGCGCUCAUGGCUGCUGACUCCAGGAACAAGUUGAGCUUGAUAAGCUCCGGAGACAUUGGAGCCACUGCUAAUGUCUUAGCGAUGGCUGCUAAGCGACGUUCUGCUGGAGAUUUGUUGUUUAAUCCUAAAAGCUUCUCCAGAGAGCAGCUGGAUAGAGUUAGAAGUUGUGGGUCUAUUGGAGCUAGCAAUACUGUUACUACAGCCAGUUCGGUGGGACAGGGCUCGGUUGAAGAAAAGAUCUGGAGCAAUAGGAGGAGGUCAUCGGUUCCCGAUGACCCCAGGCACAGAAGGCGCAAGUCUGCCGCGGAAAAAGAUCAGGAGGAUAAUGAUUCGGAGUUUGAGUUUGAUGAGUCCAGGGCUAUGACUUUGCCGAGAGGGUUGCAAACUCCGACGAGUACUUCGACGACUAACUCGCUGCCGAGGCUGCCUGCUAUUACUUCCGCUAUGCACAAGGCGCAUAGCAUGUAUCACUUUUUGCCUUCUAAUACUGGAGUCAAGUCCGCAAGAUACCGCCCUCCAGGCUUCGCCCGAAACUUAACAUCAGCCCCCAAGCGCGCGUUGAGCGCGCCCGGCCUGGAGAUCCCAUCUCCAGGCAAGCGCGAGCGAAGGCGAGCGCCCGUCCCCGACGAAGACACCCUAUCAGAAGCUUGCAGCACGCCUAUCAUCGGCGGAGCAAAGCGCUUUGAACCUCGAGGCAGACUCCAAGACUUAAACCGCGCAUCAUUGUCCAGCCUGGGCGCCAGGUCUGACUCAAUGGCCUCAGUGUACAGUGGCGCCGGCGAGGGCAAGUGGUGCGGCUCCGUAGCAGUCCGCGGCGAAGUAGAAUUCUCUCUCCAGUACGAUUACAAGCAGCUGACCUUCCAAGUGAUGAUCAGCCAGUGCAAAGAUUUAGCGCCUGUUGACGUUAAGAGAAACAGGUCCGACCCUUACGUCAAAGUUUAUUUACUUCCUGAUAAAUCCAAGGGAGGGAAGAGGAAGACAAAAGUUAAAAAGCACACGCUCAAUCCAGUUUUUGAUGAGACACUUAAAUUUAAUAUUAAUCUCAAUUCUUUGGAGAAUAGAAUUUUGUGGUUAACUGUCUGGCACUCGGACAUGUUCGGGAGGAACGACUUCCUCGGAGAAGUUCGGAUGCCCUUGGAGAAUAAAAUCUUCGAUGACCCGACGCCAAAGUGGUAUCACUUGCAAGAAAGGUCGGAGGCUUUUGAUGACCCUGUGGAGAGAUACAAGGGCGAGGUUAUUGUCGGGCUCAAGUUUGUCCCUCCAGAACUUUGUCAACUCGAGAAUAGAGAAAGAGAAAGUGUUACUAUCGUUGGAGAGCCGAGAAAGGGCAAGAAGAACUGGAGCAGAGGCUCGCUGCAUGUCUUGGUUAAGGAGGCUAGGAAUCUUCAGACGAAAACCAAAAAUUCAGGAACAUGUGACCCCUUUUGUAAGAGCUAUUUGCUACCUGAUAAAGGAAGGGCUGGAAAGCAGAAGACCAGUGUUGUGAGAAAGAGCGACGGGAAUCCGGUUUGGGGACACACUUUUAUUUAUAAGGAUGUCAGUCUUCAGGAACUCGCUGAGAGGGGGCUCGAGCUUACUGUUUGGGAUCAUGAUAGGAUCGCGAGUAAUGAGUUUCUUGGAGGUGUCAGGUUCAAUUUGGGGACUAGUAAACACUACGGCAAACCAGUUGAUUGGAUGGACGCAACAGGACGUGAAUUAUCUUUAUGGCAAAACAUGUUGGAACGACCGAACUUCUGGGUCGAGGGUGCGAUAACUCUCAGACCUAAUUUGUACAAUCAUGGAAAACACAAUUUCUCCUGAUUAUUUUUUUUUACUUAACAUUUACAAUCACUUACACUAUUAAUAAUUAAUUGAUCAUCUAAUUAAUUAAUUAAUUAAUAAUUAUAAUCACAGUGACUAGGGCUCGAGUACUUAAUUGAUACUUAAUAUAUAAAUACAUAAAAAAGUCCCCGGCAUAUUUUUAAAAAUUUUCGUCCAAGGGAACAAUUGUUAAUAAUAU